AUGAAGACCCCGGCGGACACAGGCUUUGCCUUCCCGGAUUGGGCCUACAAGCCAGAGUCAUCCCCCGGCUCCAGGCAGAUCCAGCUGUGGCACUUUAUCCUGGAGCUGCUGCGGAAGGAGGAGUACCAGGGUGUCAUCGCCUGGCAGGGGGACUACGGAGAGUUUGUCAUCAAGGACCCCGAUGAGGUGGCUCGGCUCUGGGGGGUCCGCAAGUGCAAGCCCCAGAUGAACUAUGACAAGCUGAGCCGGGCUCUGCGCUAUUACUACAACAAACGCAUUCUGCACAAGACCAAGGGGAAACGGUUCACCUACAAGUUCAACUUCAACAAACUGGUGCUGGUUAAUUAUCCUUUCAUCGACGUGGGCUUGGCUGGGGGUGCGGUGCCCCAGAGCGCCCCGCCGGUGCCGACAGGCGGCAGCCACUUCCGCUUUCCUCCCUCGACGCCCUCCGAGGUGCUGUCUCCCACCGAGGACCCCCGCUCACCGCCGGCCUGCUCUUCGUCAUCGUCAUCCCUCUUCUCGGCUGUGGUGGCCCGGCGCCUGGGCCGGGGCUCGGUCAGUGACUGUAGCGAUGGCACGUCAGAGCUCGAAGAGCCCCUGGGAGAGGACCCCCGGGCCCGACCGCCCGGCCCCCCGGAGCUGGGUGCCUUCCGUGGGCCCCCGCUGGCCCGCCUGCCCCACGACCCUGGUGUCUUCCGUGUCUACCCCCGGCCCCGGGGUGGCCCUGAGCCCCUCAGUCCUUUCCCUGUGUCACCUCUAGCCGGGCCUGGCUCUCUGCUGCCCCCACAGCUCUCCCCGGCUCUGCCCAUGACCCCGACCCACCUGGCCUACACCCCGUCCCCCACGCUGAGCCCUAUGUACCCCGGAGGUGGCGGGGGCCCCAGCGGCUCAGGGGGAGGCUCCCACUUCUCCUUCAGCCCCGAGGACAUGAAACGGUACCUGCAGGCCCACACCCAAAGCGUCUACAACUACCACCUCAGCCCCCGCGCCUUCCUGCACUACCCCGGGCUGGUGGUGCCACAGCCCCAGCGCCCCGACAAGUGCCCGCUGCCGCCCAUGGCCCCUGAGACCCCACCGGUCCCCUCCUCGGCCUCGUCCUCCUCUUCCUCCUCUCCAUUCAAGUUUAAGCUCCAGCCGCCCCCCCUGGGACGCCGGCAGCGGGCUGCUGGGGAGAAGGCCCCAACGGGAGCUGACAAGGGCGGCGGCCUGGCCCUCAGCGGCGGUGCAGGCGGGCUGGCCGAGGGGGCCGGGGCUCUGGCCCCGCCACCGCCGCCGCCGCAGAUCAAGGUGGAACCGAUCUCUGAAGGCGAGUCGGAGGAGGUGGAGGUGACUGACAUCAGCGACGAGGAUGAAGAAGAUGGGGAGGUGUUCAAGACACCUCGUGUGCCGCCUGCACCCCCAAAGCCCGAUCCGGGCGAGGCGCCCGGGGUCGCCCAGUGCAUGCCUCUCAAGCUGCGCUUUAAACGCCGCUGGAGUGAAGACUGUCGCCUCGAAGGGGGUGGGGGCCCUGCUGGGGGCCUUGAGGAUGAGGGUGAGGACAAGAAGGUGCGUGGGGAGGGGCCCGGGGAGGCUGGGGGGCCCCUCACCCCAAGGCGGGUGAGCUCUGACCUCCAGCACGCUACAGCCCAGCUCUCUCUGGAGCAUCGAGAUUCCUGA